GGCCCCUGGAGUUGCUGGCACCGGGAGCUUUGAAACAUCAGCGGCAAAGAUGACGCCCCUGCUUCCCCUGUGUGUGUUCUUGCCCCUCAUCUCAGCAACAGUAAUGCUUGAAGACCAUGACGCCUUGGAUGGCACGUUGCGUGUCAGUAUCCCAAUGGAGAUGCCUCUCCGUCCUCUGCUUGGCAGCAAGGUAGUGGUCCCGUGCUACUUCCAGGACAACACUGUCAAUGACCCUGGGGCCCCAACUAUUGCCCCGCUCUCCCACCGCAUCAAAUGGACCUACGUCACCAAGGAGAAAGUUACCACCAUCCUGGUGGCAUCAGAAGGAAAAGUCCAAGUUGAGACAGAGUAUUUGGACAGAGUCACCAUGAUCAACUACCCUCUAGUGCCCACCGAUGCCACCAUUGAGAUUACAGAGCUCAGGUCCAAAGAUUCAGGCAUUUACCGCUGUGAGGUGAUGCAAGGCAUCGAGGACAACUAUGACACUGUGGACAUCCAGGUUCAAGGUAUUGUGUUCCAUUACCGAGCCAUUUCUACCCGCUACACCCUGACCUUUGAGAAAGCUAAAGCUGCCUGUGAACAGAACAGUGCCACAAUCGCAACCCCUGCCCAGCUCCAGGCUGCCUACGAUGAUGGAUACCACCAAUGUGAUGCUGGAUGGCUCUCUGAUCAGACUGUCAGGUACCCCAUCCAGGAGCCCCGUGAGCGAUGCUAUGGAGACAAGGAAACCUUCCCUGGAGUGAGAACCUAUGGUGUAAGAGAUGCUAAUGAGACCUACGAUGUGUACUGUUUUGCUGAGAAGAUGUCCGGUAGUGUCUUCUACUCCAUGUCUGUGGAGAAGUUCACCUUCUAUGAAGCCGCAGAUCAGUGUACUAAACAUGAUGCCCGCCUCGCCACCACUGGAGAGCUCUACCUGGCAUGGCAAGGUGGCAUGGAUGUGUGUAACGCUGGCUGGCUGGCAGACAGGAGUGUACGCUACCCCAUUAACAUUGCCAGGUCUCAGUGUGGAGGGGGGCUCCUGGGAGUGAGAACUGUCUACCUAUUCCCCAACCAGACAGGAUACCCCUACCCAGACUCACGAUAUGACGCCAUCUGCUUCCGAGCUGGUAAAGAUGAAGGCAUAGUUCCCGUGAAGACCACCCCCUUUCCAGACAUCAUUCAAAUGACCCCAGCCCCAGGUGUUUACCCGGGUGUCAUCCCCACUCGAGGGGAAGAGGAGGGUAGGCGUGGUGAAGCUGUCACCCUGUCCCCACUGCCUGUCCCUCCAAGUGAGACUGACACAUUCACCAGAGUGACUCCUGUUUUACUUGAGCCUGGACUUGGAGUGAUGGACCUAUAUGCUCCCAUGGGUCCCACAGGUGUGGUUUUCCACUACCGACCCAUCACUGGUCGCUACACUCUGACCUUUUUGGAUGCUGCUAGAGCCUGCCAGAACAUCGGGGCAGUCAUUGCCAGUCCUCAGCAGCUGCAGGCCGCCUUUGAGAAAGGUCUGCACCAAUGUGAUGCUGGCUGGCUCCGAGACCAGACAGUCAGGUAUCCCAUCGUAUCACCCAGAGAAAACUGUGCUGGUAAUCUGCCUCACCUCCCAGGAGUCAGAUCCUACGGGUUGAGACCAGCUACUGAACGUUACGAUGUCUUCUGUUAUGUGGAACGUCUGCAAGGCGAGGUCUUCUUCACCAGCGACUAUGACAGCUUCUCCUACGAUGAGGCCGUGCAGCACUGUCAGAAACUCAACACCACCCUGGCCAACACCGGCCAGCUCUAUGCAGCCUGGAACCAAGGCCUGGAUAAGUGCCGUCCAGGAUGGCUGAUGGACCGCAGUGUACGCUACCCAAUCACAACCCCCAGGUCCCACUGUGGAGGCGGUCAAGUAGGAGUCCACAUCAUCUAUGCCUUCCCCAACCAGACAGGAUUUCCUGAUGAGCACUCGCGCUACGAUGCUUACUGUUUUAAAGCUGAAACUGCUGCCCUACCUGUAGAAACAGAAACCAGAGUAGAUGUGACCACAGUGACAGUCGAUGUUACCGACAAGACAACGGUCACAACAGAUCACCUGACUCCCACUGUUGAAACUACUGUGCCCUUUGAGGAAACUCAGACAAGUGUAUAUAUCACUACUGUAGAGGAGGUCAUCAACGAGACAAUCAUCACAACUCAGCAAGUCGUUCCUACUGUGAAGACAGUUUUACCUCCACCUACGGUCCAUGUGGAUGUCUCCGGUUCUGGUUCAGCCGAUCACUCAGCCAGCGGGGAGAUCUCAGGAGAGUUCAGCACCUCCACCACCAGUGGAGAAGUCUCUGGAUCAGGACAGGAAGUCGUCUUCAGCGGACGCACUGACAUCUUCUCUGGAGAGGGGUCGGCCUCUGGAGGUCCACAGGAGGCCGAAGGAGGCAGCUCCGUCAUCUUCACAUCAGGAGAACCAGGCAGUGUGUCAGGAUCAGGGGAGCACUCUGGCACAAGUGGAGACAUCUUUAGCAGCAGCGGAGACACGGUGAUCAUCAUGGUGGACGGGAGGAUGGUGGAGGUGCCCAGAUCUCAGCAAACAUUCACAGAGCAAGAGUUAGGCCGUGGGAGCAUCGAUUCCAGUGGGACUUUUGUGGAAUCGAGCAUGUCAGGAUCAGGAGAAAUGUCCGGGACUGGAUCUGGUGGAUUUUCUGGCAUCUCAUUCAUCGACCAAAGCGCUGUUGAUCUUACCAUCCAGCCGUCUGGUGAGCAGGAAGUGUCUGGAUACCGGCCCUUCCACAGCGGCUUCCCCAGUGGCUUUCCAUCUGGAGUCUCGAGUGGAAGCUCGGCCUCUGGGGACUCUUUCCAGCAACGCGGAGAUGUUGUCUACAUCACAGACAUCGAUUUGAUGGAGGUGACUGUGCCGCCACAGAUGAGGCAGCCUGAGCAGGGCAGAGGGGUGGUGGAGGUGAGCGGCGAAGGAAGCGGAUCAGGGAUCCAUCAUGAAUACAGUGGCACUUUGGACCAAAGGUUGCAUCUCUCUGGCAGCGGAGACCAGGUGACCUACACUGAAUACAUGACGAGUGCUGGCCAAUCAGGAUACGACCAGGAAAGGGACCAGGAAGGGCACCCGGCUCCUACGGACUACGUGACCCCUGAUACAGCCUACACCAGCCCCACUACAGCACCAUCAGUGUCUUUAGCAACACCGUCUGUCGUGGAGCAGCCAGAUGUUGUGGAAGCCUCUGCAGACCCGUGUGAUCCGAACCCCUGCAGAUCAGGAUCUUGCACCGUUCAGGGAGACGUUGCUGUGUGUCAGUGUCCUGCUGGUUUCACCGGUGAAGACUGCACCACACGUGUGCAGGGCUGCGCUGAGGGCUGGCUGGAGUUUAUGGGCAGCUGUUACCUCCACUUUGCGGAGAGAGACACCUGGUCUGAGGCUGAGCAGCGCUGUCAGGAGCUCAACUCCCACCUGGUCAGCAUCGGCUCUCAGGAGGAGCAGCAGUUUGUCAACUCCAAUGGUCAGGACUACCAGUGGAUUGGACUCAAUGACAAAGAGGUGCAGAAUGAGUUCCGCUGGACGGAUGGAAGUCCUCUGAGCUUUGAGAACUGGAGGCCCAACCAGCCGGAUAACUACUUCAACUCUGAGGAGGACUGUGUGGUGAUGAUCUGGCACGAGGGUGGACAGUGGAAUGACGUGCCCUGCAACUACCACCUUCCCUUCACCUGCAAGACUGGUCCAGUCAUGUGCAGAGCUCCACCUGUGAUCGAACACGGACGUCCAAUGGGAAGCAGCAGAGACCGCUACGCUGUCAACUCUAUAGUCCGCUAUCAGUGCGAUGAAGGCUACACACAGCGCCACCUGCCUGUCAUACGCUGUAUGCCAGAUGGACAGUGGGAGGAGCCACAAGUGGAGUGUACAGAAGCCGGCGCCAGCAGCAACAGGCUACACAAAAGAUCCCUCAGGAGGAGAAGUAAAGGUGUCAGCAGCCAGCGGGAACAGAGGAAGCUGCACUGAGCAGGAAUGAAAGGACACACUGCAGAGAGCCACAAAGGACCCCUCUUGUAAAGAGGCAUGGACACCAAUGCAAAUGCCCGACCAAAAAGAUAACACCCCAGCCCUAGCGUGUACAUACACACACUUUAAAGCACAUUUACACAGCGCUAGAGUGACAGCUUACGUCUUUGGGUGUCCCUCUAAAUCUUCUAGAGUUUUCUGUAUGUAUAUCCUUUAAUUUAUAGCUUUGACCCAGUAUUAGGAGACAUAUCCCAGACUGUUGCCAGCACUGCAUGUAGAUAAAACUGUAAAAUAAGAAGCUUUAGAGCGACACCCAAACUCCAAAAAACAGCCCGAUCAAAGUGUUUUCAAAUGCAGCUGGAUUCUCUGAAGUAAAACACAUGCAACA